GAGCCCAAUCUUACGCUGCCCAGGCGGCCCUGGCUCCAAUCGGCUAGGCGUGUUAGGCGGGCUCCUCUCGGCAGAGUGUUUCUCCUUCGCCUGGGGCCUUUUGGUGCCUUUCCCAUCCACAACGCUCUCCAGUUCGCAGUCUCUCAAUUUCCAGCACGCCAAUCAAUUGUCUUCUUUCCAUCCGCCCACGGCACGUUCCUCAGAUCCUGUCCUCAAAUCACGGCUUACAGCCUCGCUAAACUCUUAUCACGGUCCUGGAUAGCUGUGCCUACCUCCAGAUAGGCCCAACGGUCGAAGACUAAACCGCACGUCUGGCUGACCGUGCAAGCCACUGGUGGGUUGGCUCAAGAAAUCCCCUACCGAGCGGUCCACUCGUAGAUAUUACUUUUACGAGGUCAGUGAGAAGCUGAAACGGUGAGCUGAAUAUGACCCUGCGGUCGCGAUGUUCAAGGACGCAGCAAUAUCACCCUAAGCGAUCUGAUGCCGUGUGUCUGUAUUGUGCCGCAUUUCCUUCGUAACUUCCAGGUUGCGUUCGUUGCAGUCUGACAUCUAGAUACCUCGUUGUGGUGUCACCCAAUAUCUCGACCACUGAACCUCCCGGGCGCAUGCUGUGUGGCCGGAAGCAGGACACAAAUCUCAUGUUGGACGACAUGCUGUGAGAGCCUAAUGGUCCAGGUCGCCUUCCAUCCCAAAAGCACGCUGGGAUAGCAUCCUUUUUUACCGCUGCCUCGUCCACCCCCUCCGUUGCCUCCGCGACUCUGUAUUGAAGGAACGAUGGGCACAAUUGCCAAAAAGCUACGCCUGCGGACGGACCAUUCGUCCCUGGCUUCCAAGAAAUACCUCGGAGAACCCGACGAUCCUCAUUUCAUUCCUGACUCACCCUUGAUUGAGCGGCAAAUGCUCAGUGAGCAAGAGGAGGCCGAGCUGAAACGAGUUUGUGCGCUGCUCCUAGCCAAUGUGCCACAUUCGGAUGACAUGUCGGACGACCCCUUCAGAUACAUGGCCGCACACAUCCAAGAUGGCAAGGCAGGCCAGCAGCGGAAACGUGAGCUGCCGUCGCAACCAGUCCAGAAUACAAAUAGCGCACCAACCACGGUCUCGCAUAAACCGGUCGACACAAAACUCGACUCCACGACCCCUUCUGACAUCUCCCGCCUACAUACUCUGAACGCUACGGACAACUCGACGCCUCUGACGAGCGCUGGAUUAACCCCUGGCGACAGCCGCGCAGCUCUGUCUGAUGCCACUCGCAGAUCCGUGGCCAGCACCAGGAAAUCAGCAAGUGGUCUUCGGACCGAAGCAGCUGCACGGACUGACAGAAGCCGGAAAACAUCUUUUGCUGGGCGUCAGAAGUCGCUCGAAAGCGACGAGCAUAGCCCCGACCUCGACGAAGUCAAAGGCACAGUACGGCUUGUGGACGACAGAUCACCCAACCGCGGGAGAACCAGCAACAAAUCAAUGGCGAACAAUCGAACAGCUGCGAGACUAUCGGCGCCGGACCUGAAUAAAUGUCUCCCUCCACCACCACCAUCUCCGCCUCUUCGGCCCACCGAAUCGCCCCUCCCGGAGGAUCCUAAACAGCCACAUAUAAGCCGGCUGAUGAAGACAAUCCGCAAGAAGAAAAGCCAGGUUCCCGCCGAGGAGAGAAAAGUUUCGGCAGCAUCUGGUACUGGUACCUCAACCGCUCCCAUCCCACCAAUACCUUCAGCAGAGGAUCGAAAGGCGGCACCAACAGCAGCACCUUUCCAGUCCUCGACUUCGCCAUCCACGCAGACAGCACCAGAACCAGCGAUCAGUGCCUCUGCUUCUGCGUCUCAUGGGCCCCACCCAGAUCACCCUAAGAAACGAUUCCGUCUCCGGCUCUUUCACCGGCUCCAUCGUCCUGCUGGGGUCCUCGUCACUUGAGCGCUCAACCACUCCUGGGCCUUUUCUAGCUUUGCCCUGUUUGUUAGCGUCGGCGUUCAUGGUCUAAGCAUGCAGCAACCUUUUUUGGAAUUUAUCUUUAAAAACAGCCACGAGGAACGACCAUCCAACUUAUCUUCGCCAUGACAUGUUUUAACACGAAUGCCUUUUUGACGGCUACUUUCUCCUCUACUUUCGGCUUCUAGCCAGCUUGCUAAAAGCAUACGAGUUUUGGGUGCCUGCGUUUGAUGUGUGUACUUGUGUCCAUGUCUUUUUUAUUUUGUGCGCCAGUGAUAUUACGGUGCUAUAACGCAUGGAUUUUGGUGGACGGAGUCAAACAGGAUGGGAACAGAAGACAGUAUGCGAAACUUGAACACAGUAUGCGAGUAGGCCUCGCAUGAUGCAAUAGCCUAGCCUACAUAGCAAUGCAUGUGGGUGGACUUAGUCUAGUCUCAGGGAAUGAAGACACAGCAAUUCAUAGAGACCCUUGAGAACCUCCAUGAUUACCUUUAGGUCCAUGA